AUGAAGAUUGAUCGUAAUCUUCUCCGAAGCUGGCUCCUGAACGAUGACAUCUAUAACGCGUCUCAGGGAGCAGUACACCAAAUAUCUACUGCUCUAGAAGGCCCCUUGUUACUCCUCGACGAAAAGAAGGCUGUGGAGUUGUCGACCUUGGUCGCAGAUGUUGUUUCCGACAGACAUUCAGCGAUCUGGAGAUCCAUCAGCGGACACGACAACAGUCUUGAGGAUAUCGGCAUCAACUCGGCCCAAAUGAUGAGACUUUCUCACAUGAUUAACAAGCAAUUCGGGGCCAAAGUUCUGGUCGAGAUGCUCGGGUCGAAAGAUAUGACGAUUCGAAAACUUGCGGCGCUCUUAAAUUGCCGCGAAGUUGAGACCAUUUUCCAGAAGUCGUGUUCGGUUGAUGGUGCCAAGGUGGCAUUUCUACAAGAUCGAGUUGCAGAAGCCUCACGGACUGUUCUAGGCGGUCUUUUGGGUCUACAAGAUCAAAGCCAACAGCAUGUCUUUCUGACUGGGGCCACUGGAUACCUGGGUGUGCAAAUUCUCGUUCAACUGCUGCAGUCCAAGCACAUCGGCUCCGUCGCGGUUCUCGUUCGGAGCGCUGAUGAACAUCAGGCCAUGAUGAGAGUGAAGAAUACCAUUGCAGCGACAGAAGAAUCCAUCCCAGAAGAAAAUCUUUUAAAGAUACGUGCCUGGUCUGGAGACUUGUCAAAGACCAAUCUCGGACUUUCCGAGAUUCACUCAAACGAGUUUUCCGCUUUGGGAAAGCGCGGAAGAGACGGGAAUAAAAAGUCGAUCGACACCAUUAUCCACUGCGGUGCUGUGGUUGAUUGGAGAAAGACCUAUCGCGAGUUGGAGGCGGCAAACGUAUCCUCUACCGAACAAUUACUGAAACUGGCUUUGAAGUCGUCUGGCGUACGCCGCUUCGUCUUCAUCUCCGGUGGACGAUAUCCCGAUCCGACACAAGAAUAUGGCCAAAAUCUGCACCAAAUGUACCUCGACACCGCCAAAGGCAGCGGGUAUGCACAAACCAAAUUCGUGGCGGAGCAACUCGUAGACAAUGUUCGGCGGGCAACUCACUACAAUACAUCCAUCGACAUUGUCAGUCCUGCAUAUCUAAUUGGGAGCCAGAAGAUAGGCCUUGCGAAUCAGGAUGAUUAUCUAUGGCGCAUCGUAUGGGCUUCAGUACGUAUCGGAGCAUUCAACGCAGACGAAAAUGACCAGUGGCUAUUCGUUGCAGACUCGGCUUCGUUGGCGGAGCGGAUCGUGGCACUGGCAGAACAGGACAGUAUCGCAUCGUCGUUGAAGAAUACUACGCUUCAAGUUCACGAUGGCUUGGGUAUGCAGGAGUUCUGGCGACAUGUAUGCGAUGUGCUUGGGGUAUCUUUGGCGCCUGUAACAGGCGAGGAAUGGCUGCGGAGAGUGAAAGAAGACAUGGAGGGAAUGCGUGACCACUUGCUUUGGCCUCUAGCAGAGACCAUUGAUGCCAGCUAUGGCCAGUUAACUCAACAGCGUUGUCUUGCGGUUACUAUGGGCUCGGGAAUUGCGACKGCUGGUAUUGAUUUGGCUAUCCAGCAGAAUAUUCAGCGUUUGAAGAAAACUGAGUUCUUCGGGUGA